ACUCAAUCGAGAAAUUCGAAAAAUGAAAAUGGCCGAAGGAAAGGAAUGAAGCUUUCAUUAGUGAUAAAAUAAUUUAAUGCAAUAUGGGUGAAAUAAACAUUAAUAUUGAGGGCUAUAAUGUGAACGGAAUAUGUGUAGGAUGUCUCAAUUACAACAGAAAAAUGUUUUACAAGGACGAAGUGAAAUGGUGCUUCAAGCUUAUAGCGAAUAUCGAGGUGCCUGAUGGUCUGUCAAUCCAGGUGUGCUGGGAAUGCCUGGCGCGUAUACAGAGUAUCAUCAAGUUUACACAGCAGAUUAAAAAGUCCUUUGAUAUACUCAUUGCAUAUUCUGAGAAGCAAUCCUUCCUAAACUCACCCACAGAUCUAUCUAGUCAUGCAGUAAGUCGACUAUCAGCAAAAACUUUUGAAAUCUUCUCUGAACUGCCCCCCAAGUUCGAGCCUCCUGUGGUUCUUGGGGAAGAGGUUAAAUGUGAGGUUGACAAAAUAGAAGACAUUGAAAAAGAGAUUGCGGAAAAUGAAAUCCAAGAAGUUGAAAACUUGCCAGAAAUAGAAGUUAAAGAAGAGUUUGAAGAUACACAAUCUGACAUAUUCCAAUACAAUCUAGAUGACUUGUCACAAGAUGCGCAGCAGAGUUCCGAAGAUGAUUUAGUACUCUCACAGUUAAAGACAGAAGAUGGGAAAAAGAGGAAACGAGGGAGAAAAAAGAAAGAUGACAGUAAAAAAGUUAAACGGAAAAAGGAUAAGGCUAAAAAUAGCAGAAAAAUGAAAAACCUUCCCGAAAGCCUGGUGAAGUUGUAUAAGAUGGAAGAGACAGAAAUGCAGUACGUCCGUCAGAUGGACGCAGCCAACGAGGCGUUCCUGCGGCUGCGGCACAAGUGCGUCCACUGCCUGAUCGGGUUCAACACAUCCAAGCAGAUGGAGGUCCACAUGAACGGGAAACAUGCUCCGAAAUCAGAAAACGACUACCAAUGCGACAUUUGCAAAGCAUAUUUCAUCACCAAGGACAAUAUUAAAAUACACAAAAAGCUGCACCUCAUAGCUUACAGAUGUCGCAAAUGUAACAUGCUGACGACGGUGAAGAAGAUCAUGUUGGCUCACGACUGCGCCAAGUACGCGAUAGAGGCGGUCAACGUGUGCCCCGACUGUCCCGACAAGGCGUUCAGCACGAAGGCGAAGUUGCUGUACCACAGGAGCGUGGCUCACCAGGAGAAACCGCAGUGCGACUGCUGCGGGAAAGUCUUCGCUAACAAGAUGACCUUGAAAUACCACCUUAAAAUUCUCCCUCAAAACAAAGAUGACAAACCGAAGGAGAAACUAUCUAUUCCUUGCAAAGGCUGUGAUAAAGUUUUCCAUUCCAAGAAGAGUUACAGAGCACAUGUCGUGAUCCACGACGGGCUGACGUACCCGUGCCCGGUGUGCGGGAAGCUGUUCCAGUGGAAGCGCAACCUGGCGCGCCACAUGCGCAACCACCGCGAGAAGGAGGAGGGCGCCACGCACCAGUGUCGCGAGUGCGGCAAGAGCUUCAGCAGCCGCGACUGCUACAACAACCACAUGCGGCUCAGCAAGCGGCACGUGCACGAGAGCACUUACGUUCACUCGUGCCAUUUCUGCGGCAAAAAGUUCGCCUCCCGCUGGUGUAUGAACGACCACAUGGACUGGGAGCAUCUCAAGAUCAUCAAGUACCAGUGCUCGGUUUGCUAUAAGCCGUUCAAGACAGCCAAAAUAAUGGUGGCACAUAUGAACAACAUCCACGAAGGCAGGAACAAGAGGGAACCAGACGGAGAACAUCUGUGCGAGAUUUGCGGGAAGUCAUAUAAGACAGUAAAGCGGCUCAAAGGGCACGUAUGGGCGAUGCACACAAACCGCUCGGAGGCGAAGAGCUUCAAAUGCCCGCUGUGUCCCGCCACGUUCAGCUGGCAGACCUCCAUAUACAAACACAUCAAGAUGAUGCACUACACCAAACGACUCAAGCAGCCCCGCGUAGCAGCGAAGAAGCCGGAGCCCUACCCGGGCAUUGAACUGGCGAACCGUAUGCAGUACUUCCAACAGAACAUCGCUAGCAACUUGGCACAGAGCGUCCCCACGCAACUGGAUAUAGUGCAUACUUGAAAUUAAAACGAUUUCAUUAGAUGUAUAGAUUUUUGAGCCUCGAUAGCUCAGUGGAUAUAACCUCUGCCUUCGAUUGCAAGGAUGUAGGUUCGAAUCCGGAAAUCCGAAAUUAUAUAUCGCCAGUCUCAAACAGAGAAGGAAAUCUACAUACUUGAGAAUUUUCUCAAUUCACUACCUGUCUGCCGCAUUGAGCGUGGUGGACUAUUAGCCUAAUCAAUCUCAUUCUGAAAGGAGACUCGUGCUCAAGUGAGCCGAAUAUGGAUUGUUGAUGAUGUUAGCGUUUUGUGAGAGAGCUUAUCCAGUGAAGAACUACAUCCAUGUGUUUACAUUCAUUAUAUAUAUUAUUAAAAGGAGGUAUUUGUAUAAAGUUGUUACGACAGUGAUAGUAUAAAUAAAAGGGUAUUUGAUGAUUUGAGUUCAGUUGUUUGUUAGGCAGCGUGAACACCGUCACGCUGCCAGUCGCGUUUGGGAUUUUGUGUUGGUAAAUAUUGAUCCAUAAAUUGUUUAGUGUGGGCAGGGAAGGUAAGGAGGCAGGAUGUACCUCCUACUCUUCAGUUGUGUGCAUUUUAAGAAAUUAAAUAUCACGUGUCUCAAUCGGUGAAGGAAAACAUCGUGAGGAAACCUGCAUACCAGAGAAUUUUCUCAAUUCUCUGCGUGUGUGAAGUCUGCCAAUCCGCAUUGGGCCAGCGUGGUGGACUAUUGGCCUAACCCCUCUCAUUCUGAAAUGAGACUCGUGCUCAGCAGUGAGCUAUGGGUUGAUGAUGAUGUAUAUUCUAUUAACUAGUGUAUUAGAUUUUUUUUUAAUUAACCAAUGACGGAUUAAAUAAAUUAAAAAAAAUCAUUUAAUACUAUCCAGCCUCAAUUUUACUAGCCAAGCUAUGUGCAAAAUGAAUAUUUUUAAUCAUUUAUUUGUUAUAUUCAUUAAAUAACAGAUGAGGGUAUAUAUUUCUUAUGCUGGAUUUCAUACUAUAGGAUGAUGGACAGGGUCACUUUGUAGUUUCUCCUUGCAUGCUUUUAACACAUUCGCUGCGGUACGAGGUCAAUUGACCUCGUACGUCUAGCGUCUUCAAGGGUUACGGGGUCAAUUGACCUCGUAUGUCUAGCGUCUUCAAUGGUUACGAGGUCUAUUGACCUCGUGUCGGACCACAUACAGUUCUAGUACGAGGUCAAAAAACCUCGUACCGCGCCAGACGCCCUGUUUAUACUUAUAAGACGAUGGUUUACUUACCAUGAGGUGGACCAUUGACUUCAGUCAGAUAUUGUAAAUAGUAAUAAAUAUACUUUUAUAUACGCCA